AUGAGUCCCAGCCAACUCUCCGUUCAGCACCCGGACAGCUCCCGCGGCUUUCAGCUGUGCACUUCAGUGUCCACAGGAGUGCAGCUGAGGAGGGAGCUGUCUUCUGACCCAGUAAAUGUGUCACGGGCAGCAGAUGCCAUCUCGCAGGGGGACAGGCUGUUGUCCGAGGAGGAGCAGGUGACCCUGAUCACGGAGAGCAUGUCGGUCACCUCGGCCGACGAGGAGAAGCUGCUGCUGCUGAACAAGAACACGGAGCUGCGCAGACUCAACAAGGAGCUGAUGAAGCUGAAUGAGGACUGGGACCACAUCUACCGCAGCACCACCAUGGGCCUGGAGCAGCGUCUGGGAGCCGUGGAGCAGGAGAGCUCCGCCCUCAAGCAGCUCAACAGCAGGCUGCUGCUGAAAGUGGAGCACGAGCAGAGUAAGAGGGAGUACUAUGAGCAGACUCUACUGCAAGAGCUCAAGAAGAACCAGCACCUGCAGGAGUAUGUUCGACUGCUGGAAGCCCGUCUGCACCACAGCAAAACUGACAGAGAUUGGCUAGGGGGCGCUCUGAAUGGAUUGGAGGUGACUCGACCCCCACAAACAGGCAGCCCGUCUGAGUCUAGCCGAGAGGAAUGCCAGGGGUCCAGCUGUAACCCCGCUCUGCCGCUGGGGUCACCCUCUGCUGUUUCAGGCAGAAGGAGCAGGAGCCAGGCAAACAGGAGCUCUCCCUGCAGGGAGUCGGAGGAAGAAGCAAUCACUGUGAAACAGGUGCAGGACCUGAAAGAUCAGCUAGAGGCACUGCGAUGCCAGACACGGAUCUAUGAGGCCGACUACAAGAUGGAGCACAAAGGCCACCAGCGCAUGCUGUUGGAGAACAAGAAACUGCGCAGGAAGGAGGGCGAGAUGCGCCAGCAGAUGGCACUGUUGCAGGAGCAGCUGAAGGUUUAUGAAGACGACUUCCAGAAGGAACGCUCAGAUAAACAGGUGCUGCAGCGCCUCCUGUUGAAGAAGUCCCCUCCCAAUGACCCCGUCCUUGUCCACCGCUGCAACAACGACCAAGAGCACCCAGUAGGGGAGAGGGAGUGGCGGAGGGACAGGGAGAAAGGCGGCACACGGCACCCUCCCUCCACCAAGCAUAGCGAGCGGCGUGGGCACAAGGCAGACUGCCCCCACCACCCAUGCCCUCAGCGGCAUGCAGAGGACAAGUCACCCUUCUCUGUAGACUACAACUAGACCCCUGCACUCAGACACAAAUGUGCAAAUACAAACACAAACACACACACUCAAACGGUACACAUAUACACAUACACAAA